GCGCCCGCGGGUCCUCUGCGCUCCGGCCGCCCCGCCUGCUUCCGUCCGAGGGACUCUCCCGCGGCUGCGCCGGGCGCACCGCCCAGGAGACAAAGCGCCGCCGCGGCCGUCGCUGCCCCGGAGCGGGUCCCGGGCCAUGGCCGGCCGCCCCCCGGCCCCGCGCCUCGGGCCCCGCCACCAUCCUAGGCCUGCGCAGCGAGGUACCUGAGCACCAACUGCCUGCCAGGGACUGGAAUUCGGACAGAAAACCCCUGUCCUUCUGGAGCAAGCAAAAAUGACCCAGAUGCAGAGGCAAAGGCCCAAAGAGGCUGGUAGCUUGCCCCGCGUCACUGAGCCUGGAUACUGCAGAGCAGACGCUUGAACCGAGUGACCUGUAACUAGCUGGCCAGAGGGUGGGGCGGCAAGCAGUGGCCUAAGAGGCCCCGGCGGCCGGCAUGAAGCUGAACGAACGCAGCCUGGCCUUCUACGCCACGUGCGACGCCCCGGUGGACAACGCGGGCUUUCUGUACAAGAAGGGCGGGCGGCACGCGGCCUACCACCGCCGCUGGUUCGUGCUGCGCGGCAACAUGCUCUUCUACUUCGAGGAGCCGGGCAGCCGCGAGCCCGUGGGCGUCAUCAUCCUGGAGGGCUGCACGGUGGAGCUGGUGGAGGCCGCCGAGGAGUUCGCCUUCGCCGUGCGCUUCGCGGGCGCGCGGGCGCGCACCUACGUGCUGGCCGCCGAGAGCCAGGCGGCCAUGGAGGGCUGGGUGAAGGCGCUGUCGCGGGCCAGCUUCGACUACUUGCGGCUGGUGGUGCGCGAGCUGGAGCAGCAGCUGGCGGCCAUGCGCGCGGCGGGCGGCGCGGCCCCGCCCCGCAGGCCCAGCGCGCUCCCGCCGCGGGAGAACGGCUGCGCCUGCGCGGUCUGGAGCGCCGAGACCCCCGCCGCCUCCCCCACCGCCCCGGCCGCGCGGCCCCCGCUGCCGCCGCGUCGCAGGGCCUCGGCGCCGCUCGCGCCCCCGGACUCGGCGCCCUUCAGCCGGCUGCACGAGUGGUACGGGCAGGAGGUGAGGGCGCUGCGCAACCAGUGGCUCAGCAGCCGCGCCCGGCCCUGAGCUCCCGGGCCGCCCGGACCUUCAGACUGUGCCCGAGGCCGCCCUGCCCUAAGCAGCAGCGCUGCAGCCCGAGGGGCUGGCUUCCAGAGCGCCCGGGCUCGGGGACCUGUGGCCCGGCCCCCAGGGCGCCGUCCUGGGCGGAGGGAGGGCUGCGACCUUUGGCUCUAGCAGCUGCCAGGGACGCCGCCCCGCCCGGGCCCGGCCGCUGCCUCCAGAGGCAGCAGGUGCAGGUUCCUGUGCGGCCGCAGGGCUGCUGGGGCAGCGGGUGGGCUCCUGCCUGGCCCGGAGGCCACGCUCCUGGCGGCGGCAGCCCGGCCCUCGCCGCUGGCCUUUGACUGCAUUCCUCAGUCACCUCCCCAGGCCUGGGUGGGCCCUCCCGAGCUGCCUGACCUCUAGCCCUGGCCUGGCGCUCACCCUGGGCGGGGAGUGCCCCGCGGAGCCACCUGGCUUUGGGACCCCUCCUCCAGCUCCCGCGCCCCAUUUCCAGGACUCCUGUGCUGGCCGGCUCUCCUCCUCACUCACCACAGUGCCCGUUCUUCGUCCAGGAAGAACCCUGGGGCUGGGACACCCCUGGCUCCACCCGGGUCAUGUUUACAGCCCUCAGCUCCCUGCACCAGGGAGCCCUGGGGACACCUCACCUCCACCUUUACUUCCCAAGGCUGCUCCUUGGUGACAGACAGACGCAGUCCCUGGCCCCUUCCUCUCCUGUCCUUGGAGAGCCUGGGGCUGGGGAAAUACCAUGGGGGGCUGUCUGCAAUCAAGGCCUCCCCAGCUCCUGCUGGCUCAUCGGGCUGGGGCUUGGCCCGGCUGUGAAUUUUAUUUUUAAAUAUUUAGGGUGUACUUUUUUGUUUGUUUUUCUGGCAACCAAGCUUGGUGUUUUCACUGCUUUUGUUCCUGUUGGGUGGCAGGGAGGAUGGCGCUCUGGCUUAGUGGCACAGUCCCCAUGGAGGGGUGGCCUCAGCUGCAACGGCACAGUGGCUCUGAGGUGCCCAGGUGCCUGAACAGGGGACCUCAUCUGGUUCUUUGCCUUUCUCCCUGCCCCCUGCCUCUGCGUCUUGUCACGGUCCCUCUUUCCUGAGUGUUGAGCAGUGUGGGUGGUGGUGGCUGCUAUCCACAGGCUCCGGGGCUCAGGAAGUCCUGUCCAGGCCCGGCUGGUGGGUGCAAGUUUACAAACUCUAAAGGUACAGUCGUCCCGGUCUCCUGGGGGCAAGGGAUGCUCCCCUCCUCCCAAAGCACACUGCCCUUCAGCUGCUCCAGGGUUGAGUGCGGGGAGAGAUGCGAGACUGGGAGGGAGAUUCAAGGGCUCCAAUAAAGACAUCUGU